AUGCAGUCCUCAAAUCUCGAAUGCGACGCCCGCCUGUCCAUAUACAUACGUGGUCCGGAGCACAAACGCACCUGCGUCACGCACAAGAGCUCUAAAUUGCGCAUUUUUCCCAACAAGACCACAGCUUAUAUAACCCCUCUUCCCCCCUCCCCAUAAAAAGGUCCGAACUUACCCGUUCAUUCGCCAUGUCAUCACCUCUUAUACAUGUCGUAUAUAUUUCUCUUGAUCUUACCCCUGCGUUUGACGCACGUUGCGCAUUCUCCCCGCCAUGCGUCGGCCCCACAUUGGCCAC